AUGAGUAAGCACCCUGACCCCACUCCAAUCCGUUUCUUCAAGAUUAUUCCUGGAACAAGUCUUCAAGAAGGAAAGCUGAGGAUCCCAAAAAAAUUCAUUAGGAAAUAUGGUGGUGACAUGUCAAACCCAAUGUUUCUUAAGCCUCCAGAUGGCACUAAAUGGGAAGUAUUUUGGACUGAAAAUGAUGGUGAUAUUUGGCUUCAAAAAUCAAGAUCUGACACAAGUGGAGGUGUGGAGAGAAGAUCCACUGAGCAAAAUCCGCCUCAUCAUGCCCAAACUGAAGGCACAAACUUUGAGAAGUCUAAGUUUGCAUCUGUAAAGAAAGAAUCGGAUGGAUUUCCUUUCCGUGGCACUCAAUAUGGGCAACCACCAUGCCAGAACACUAGACUGAAAUCACCAGUGGCUUGUCCUCAAUCACGUAACAAAUUGAAAACUAGCACAAGAUCAGGUGAUCGGUCUCAAGGGACAAACUUUGGUAAAUCUAAAAUGGCAGCUGUCAAGAAAGAAUUGGAUGAGGAUGUGGAUGGUACCUCCCCCAACACAAAUGGAGCUCUGAAAGAAGCUGAUAAAUUUGCCUCAGAAAAUCCCUUUUUCACAGUCAAAGUGAGGCCGGGAAGUAGACCG